CUGGCGACAUAAUUUAAAUUUUGUUAUAUUGAGACUAUUUAUAUCUCAUUCGCAAUAAUUGAGGGUGCUUACCCCCUCCCUCUAUCAAAUUUGGGGAAGGGUGUUAUCACCUUUUACAACGUCACUCCCUCCCUCCCAGCGAUUUGAGUAGACUCGGACUCAUCUGGCGACUCCUCUAGUCUUUGGUUUUACUACGGUAAAGUGUGCGGUAGUGACUUGUUGGCUAUAAAUUCUAAAAUCGGAACUGUGAUAUUAUAUUAAGUGUUAGUGCUGAUGGACAUAAACAAUACUCUAACGGCUGAGGUAAUAUCCGUGCACAUACUCGUAGAAUCGGUUAGUGCAUAAGUCUUGAAGUUGUGCUCUUCUUCAUUCUAUUGAACAAAAGUGGGAAAAUCAAUUGGUUAGAUUUUCGUAAUCACCAGAUCUAUCACAGGACUAAGUAUGGGAAUAGAUUACUACGGAGUACUGGGACUCACACGCAACUGUGAUGACCUGCAAAUCAAAAAAGCUUACCGAAAACGGGCAAUAGAAACAAAUCCUGAGAGAAACGCUGGAGGAGCUCUCAAAGAGCUGUUUGUUUUGAUUGGUGAGGCCUACGAUGUGCUGAGUCAGCCCAAAUGGAGAGCGGUCUACGAUCAGUACGGCGAAGAGGGAAUGAAAAAAGGAGUGCCGAGUCCUCAGGGAUGGAUACCUCCCUACGCUUAUCACGGAGACCCAGUCAGAACCUAUCAGGAAUUUUUUGGAACAUCUUCACCCUAUGCAGAUAUCCUACAGUUGGAACUACCCACAAUGGAUGAAUGGAGAGGAAGAGCUCUAAAGAAAAAAGGUCCUCCACUAGUUCAACCCCUCCAACUCACCUUGAAAGAACUUUACUUGGGUGCCAUCAAAAAAAUGAAAAUCAAACGCCGGGUUUUUGCCGACAAUUUGGAAGAGACCACCAUUGUGAAGUACGAAGUCCUGACCAUUCCAAUCAGGCCUGGUCUGCCACCAGGUACGGAGAUAGUGUUUCCGGAAAAAGGCGACUGUGGUCAUUCUACUAUCCCAGGAGAUAUUAUUUUUGUAACCGAGGAUCUACCACACAGCAAUUUUCGGCGUGAAGGCAUCAAUCUUCUGACAACAGUCGACAUAGAUUUACAGGAGGCAUUGACUGGCAAAACAAUUGACUUGGAAACUCUCGAUCAACGACAGAUUCGAGUGCCUAUAACACAAGUUGUCUACCAAGAUUAUGUGAAGGUGGUGCAUUCGGAAGGCAUGCCUUACGUGGAUGAUCCAGACCGCUAUGGUGAUUUGCUAAUCGACUUUCGGAUUAAAUUUCCUGUUUAUCUGCCAGAGGAGAGUAAACGAUUCAUCAAGAGAGCCAUGGCAAUGCCUGGAACUGAUGGCCAACAGCUAGCUGAUCUUGUUCUCCAAUACAUUGGCCCUAAGGAGGGAUCAACAAGAUGCCCACCAAACAGCUUAUGGGAUAGGAUAUGAAUGUUCAUCAAUUUAAAUUUCUCCAUGCGUUCAGAUUAAGGCUUCUCUGAUGCAUUCAAUUUAUCGGAUUUAAUAUUUGGUCUGUCUACAAUCCACAAAUGUUUUGAUCGAACUGGUCAUUAUUUCCAAUGAUUUAUAAAUUAUCACAGUAAUGUGAAGAUAAUAGAUAAUUGUCAAUUUGAGCAACAUUUAUGAAAUACAAAGUAUUUUCAAAUUGGACUAUAUAUUAAUUAACAAUAGCCUAUGCUAUUCGCUCACUUAUAAAAAUUAUAAAACAAAAUAUAACAGACAAUGAAUCAUUUUUUUGUAGAUUCAUAUGACAUAUUAUGAUCCAAAUAAUAUAGUUUUUAUUCCAUCUAUUGUAAUAAUUAUGUGUGUCUACUAAUAAUGAAUUUACAAAUACAAUCUAUCACUCAAUAUUAGUUUGAAAUUUGAAUUAUUCAGUCAGUUACAUAACAAUGCUGAAACAUAAACGAUAUGAUAUCCUAGCAGUUGCUGAACGUUGUAGUACAUUGUAUGAUACUGUUUUUAUCUUGACAAUUUGUUAUGAAGAUACCUUGAAAUACAAUAUAAUUUUAGAGUUGUGUUUGGCUGUUUAGGGUCUCAAGUACAAUUUUUUUCCCUGAGGGAAACAUUCUUCUUCGGAUGGCAUAGCCAUAUAGAAAUUAAUAGACUAUAGAUUUCUCAAGUCACGUGAUGAUAAUGAUAUUUCUUCUUCACUCACAUCAAUCAAUUUCAUCAAUUUAUUAUAAUAAGUAACGUAUCUUCAACUUUGAAUAAUAUUAUUAUUAUUGUAUAAUAUUUUCCUUCAAA